AUUUGCACUAGUGCUUAAUGCCUAGGUUGGCUGGCUUCUCUGCUGUUUCCACGCUCGUCCUUGCCAUCAUUGCCAGCUCCUCCAAGUCCAUAUUCAAGACUAUAAGGGGGUGUUUGGUACGCAAAAGUGUAAUAGCUGUUGCAAGCAAACAGGCAUUAGGUUCCACCCUUUCUUAACGAGCAACCAUGAAUAAAGCUCCAACGUACCAACAUUACGAGGCAAGCGAUUAUGGUGCCUACGAAUUUGAUCCUGAAGUUGAUUUUACACAGUUCUUGGAAGAAGCUAGACAACAUGCAAGAGAAAUGAAUCUACAGUCCCCGUUACAGCAUCCAGAAUCUGGAAAAGGAAGAGUGCAAGAAGAGAAAAAGAGCAGGAGGUCCUGGAAACGCACUCUCCUCAAAUGGUGGAAAGCUGAGAAAAAGACCAAGCCUGCCGGGGAACCGACAAAUAGCUCUCACAUUUCAAAUCCAAGAAAGGGUCAUGUUUCUGGUCCUAUAUAUGGGAGUGGCAGAGGAGUCGAUGCAAGGCAUCGGCGACAAACAUCUGGGCCACUGGCUAAUCUUUUCAACCAUUCAAAGAGGGUGGAGAAUGAGACACCUUAUAUGUGUCUCGACCAGCUUAAUAAUCCUCAUGGUGUCAAGGCAUAUGGACCUGUUUACUUGGUAACAUAGUGUUUCAGCGACAAAAGCUUUGCGUCGGAACUUCUUCAUUUUAUGUAGUAAAGCAUCUCUCGGUUGAAGGAUUGUGGCAACAAAAUGUACCAGAUCAUUCAAACAAGCAGAACCAACUAAUAUCUGGAAUCCAAAUAUCAACUUUAAUGUGCAGAGUAGAUUAUCUAUAGUAGAAAGAGCCCGCAAGCAGGACAACAUGUCAGUUUUAUUCUAUUUUCUGUCUCUCUCUUUCCUUUUGUUUGUUUGUUUUUUGAGUCAGAACGCGCGACUCAGAUAAAAGAUUAAGUUUUGAAGUAAAAAACUAUUCCAAGUAGCCAAA